AUGUCCCUCCAAGCACAGGCAAGAUCAACCUACCGCGCCCUCCUCCGCGAACUUCCACGCCGCAGCCUCUCAAACCCAACGCCUCUCCACAACCGCAUCCGCGAGCUCUACCGCGACCAGAUUAAAUCGGCGGAUGAAGGAACGCUACAUGCUCAUAUCCAGGAGGCGGAGCAGGUGGUGCAAUAUGCGCGCGCGCAGCGCCAAUAUCUUGCGCUUGUUGAACGAUAUAACCCGGGCAUGACGAUGGAUGAGCAAGAGAAGAUUAGACUUACGGCUAGACGAGUUGGGUUGAAUUUGCCUAUUGAGGUUAAAGAUCGGAAGGAGGAGUGA